AGUGGGAGUUCUCUCUUUAUUAGACAUUCUCUGCUUGUACACAGUUUUUUUGGACCGUUUGCAGUACUUUCAGUGAACUGAAUUCUUCAGGUUUUGAGAGUGAAGCGCCCUAAGCACUGAAAGUCAGUGCUCUAAGUGCACAAGUGCGCGGUAGUAGACACAGUUUACAGUGUCUUGUAAGCUAGCAGCAGAAGGCAGAGUUCGUUUGUAUUCGCAGUCCCUUCGCUACUGGUAGUACGCUACUAGAGAAACUUCACUUGCACAGGAUCAAGAUGAGCCCAUGUUGCAACGCCAUGAUGCUUCAGGCAAGCUGACAGGGAGGCAAAAGACUCCACACGUCCACCGCUCAGAUGACAUGGCAGCCCAGUGUGUGACAAAGGUGGAGCUGACUGUAUCUUGUGAGAAUCUGCUGGACCGCGAUGUCACCUCAAAGUCUGACCCUCUGUGUGUACUUCUAAUGAACAUCUCUGAGUCCCAGUGGUAUGAGGUUGGGCGCACAGAGAAAAUACAGAACUGCCUCGCGCCGAAGUUUGCAAAGAAGUUUGUGAUUGACUACUACUUUGAACAAGUGCAGAAAUUGAAGUUUGGAAUCUAUGACAUUGAUAAUCAAACGAUCGAUCUAAGCGAUGAUGAUUUCCUUGGAGAACUUGAGUGCACCUUGGGGCAGGUUGUGUCAAACAGGAAACUGAGACGACCACUUGUGAUGAAGAACAAAAGAACUGCAGGAAAAGGAACUAUUACAAUCAGUGCUGAAGAAAUAAUAGACAACCGAGUAGCACAUUUUGAGGUGGAAGCCAGGAGACUGGACAACAAGGAUUUCUUUGGGAAAUCUGACCCAUACCUUGAGUUCUUCAAGCAAACAGAAACUGGAUGGCAGCUGGCACAUAGAACAGAGGUAGUAAAGAACAACCUGAACCCAACCUGGAGACCCUUCACAAUCCCUGUGCAGUCACUUUGUGGAGGAGACAUGGACAAAGCCAUAAAGGUGGAAUGCUACGAUUAUGAUAAUGACGGAUCCCAUGACCUCAUUGGAAUCUUUGAGACCAACAUGACCCUUCUGCAAAAGGCUUCACGCACUUCACCGGCUGAGUUUGAAUGCAUCAACAGAAAGAAAAAAGAGAAGAAAAAGAACUACAAAAACUCUGGGGUUGUGAGUGUGAAAUUAUGCCAGGUUGUGAAGGAGUAUUCAUUUCUGGACUACAUCAUGGGGGGCUGUCAAAUUAACUUUACUGUGGGAAUAGACUUCACAGGGUCCAAUGGUGAUCCCAAGACCCCACAGUCUCUGCACUACAUCAGCCCUCAGGGCUACAAUGAGUACUUGUCUGCCAUAUGGAGCGUUGGUCAGGUUAUUCAAGACUAUGACAGUGAUAAGAUGUUCCCUGCCUUUGGCUUUGGAGCCCAGAUUCCACCCAUCUGGCAGUGUUCCCACGAAUUUCCUCUCAACUUCAACCCUGCAAAUCCAUUUUGCACAGGGAUUGAAGGGGUGGUGGAGGCCUACAGGAUGUGUCUGCCCCAAGUGAAGCUUUAUGGUCCAACUAACUUCUCUCCAAUAAUCAACCAUGUGGCUCGAUUUGCUCUGCAGGCAUCUCAGCAAAAGACUGCCUCUCAAUACUUUGUUCUUCUUAUAAUCACGGACGGUGUGAUCACAGAUCUAGAUGAAACACGCAGUGCAAUAGUAAAUGCCUCCCGACUGCCUAUGUCCAUUAUCAUCAUCGGUGUGGGUGGGGCAGAUUUCAGUGCCAUGGAGCUCUUGGAUGGCGAUGAUGGGUGUCUGAAGUCGCAGACAGGGGAACGAGCCCUGAGAGAUAUUGUCCAGUUUGUUCCCUUCAGAAAGUUUCUGAACUCUCCCAAGAAAGAGCUGGCCCAGACUGUUCUGGCUGAGGUUCCUGGUCAAGUAGUGUCUUAUUUUAAUAUGUCCAAACUACUUCCACCCAACACCAACACUCACCAAAAUCCAGCAGCUGCAACGUAAUAUACUACACAUGCCUUGAAGAGGAGAAGAAUCUGUUCUCACCCUUUUAUCCAUGUAGACCUUAAACUACAAUCAGUUUAAAAAAAUCUAAAGUAGUAGAAGAUAUACAACAUCCUUUGGUGUUCCAUUCCACCUCUACAGCUUCAGAACUCCAUCUAAAAAUCACUAGAAAUCAACCCCAAGGUUCUACUUUGCCAUCUAUAGUUAUUUGAUUACGUCAUACUUAUAUGUUAUUAGUUAUUUCAGGGAAGUAUAUAGAUAAGGAUAAUACCCGUUCAGGAGGUACUAUUCUGGUGAAUUUAGGAUUUCUCAUUUGCAUUUAAAAUGGUGGGCUGUGCUUAAUGGCUUAGGGUUAAUUGAUUUCAUAAGACUUCACUACACAAAAAUGACCCACAGAAUGCCUUUUGGAACAGGUUUGGACCAGAAUCAGUAGCCAACAUGCAUUUUUACACCCUAUGAAAAUAUCUCAUGGGUUAUGCACAACAUACAUGCUACAGUUUACAAAAAAUAUUUGCAUAUAUAUAAUAUAUUUCUGGUUUGUUUUUUGACACAGUUCUUGACAAUUUAUUGUAGAGGUACAGUGGGGGAUUUUUUUAAACCCCUUGCUGAUUUUGUACGUUUGCCCACCGACAAAUAAAUGAUCAGUCUAUAAUUUUAAUGGUAAGUUUAUUUGAAUAGGGAGAGACUAGGAUUAGGAGCACACUCAUAACGGGGGUGACAAAAUGUCAGUUUGUUACAUUUAUAAAAGACACCUGUCCACAGAAGCAAUCAAUCAAAUUGCAAACUCUCCACCAUGGCCAAGACCAAAGGGCUGUCCAAGGAUGUCAGGGACAAGAUUGUAAACCUACACAAGGCUGGAAUGGGGUACAAGACCAUCGCCAAGCAGCUUGAUGAGAAGGUGACAACAGUUUGUGUGAUUAUUCUUAAAUGGAAGAAACACAAAAGAACUGUCAAUCUCCCAAGGUCUGGGGCUCCAUGCAAGAUCUCACCUUGUGGAGUUGCAAUGAUGAAAACGGUGAGGAAUCAUCCCAGAACUACACGGGAGGAUCUUGUCGAUUAUCUCAAGGCAGCUGGUAACAAUUGGUAACACUACGCCGCGUAGGACUGAAAUCCUGCAGCGCCUGCAAGGUCCCCCUGCUCAAGAAAGCACAUGUUCAGGCCCGUCUGAAUUUUUACAAUGAACAUCUGAAUGAUUUAGAGUGGUGAUUUCACAGGGUGAAAAUGUUGUGGUCAGAUGAGACCAAAAUCGAGCUCUUUGGCAUUAACUCAACUCGCCGUAUUUUGAGGAGGAAUGCUACCUCUGACCCCAAGAGCUCCUGAGAUGUGUGCAAACCUGGUGGCCAACUACAAGAAACCUCUGACCUCUAUGAUUGCCAACAAGGGGUUUGCCACCAAGUAAUAAGUCAUGUUUUGCAGAGGAGUCAAACACGUAUUUCCAUCAUUAAAAUGCAAAUCAGUUACCCCAAAAAUGUACAUGUGUUUUCUAGAUUUGUUUGUUGUUAUUCUGUCUCUCACUGUUCAAAUAAACCUACCAUUAAAAUUAUAGACUGAUAAUUUCUUUUUCAGUGGGCAAAUGUACAAAAUCAUCAGGGUAUCAAAUAUUCCCCCCCCCCCCCCCCCCCCCC